UGAGGGCCAGCACCGUCCGCAAAGUACCCGACAACCAGCACAGCACAAGUAAAUAGGUAAACAACGCCCUAGCCAGGCCGGACCCCUCUACCGAUGCCCCACGCGGCCCCCCUAAUUCCUCAGCAGCAGCAUCCCCACUCCCCAAUUAAACGAGUCGGAUCUCCAUGUGCCCAAAGCAUUGGCCGAACCGAUGCUAUUGGCCGUGCCUUGUGACUUAUCUCGUGACCGCCUUCGUACAUCCCACGCGACCUUCGCUUCGGUAGAGCCUCGUGUCUCUUUCCUCCUCUAGCUAUCCGCCCGUUUCGAAUCGGCCGGCUGCCUACAUCUUGCUUUUACCGGCUGCGGGAACGACCAGACCGACCUUUCUUCGAAAUCGCCACUCGACAGCCGAGUCGAGUCAUGCAACUUCACCUACCUUAGCAAUGAAGCUCGGCUUCGCCAUGCGCCCGACUGCUGUGCUGGCCCUCGCCCUCCAGACCGGUCUGGUCUCCGGCCGCGCAGUUCAGCUGCACCAUGCAGUCAGUCCCGAGACCCAGCGCGUCAUCGGCAACAACCUGCUGGCCUAUCCCCGGCGGCCCCAACUCCCCGUACUCUUCACGCGCCCCGCGGGCACCCACGACCUGACCGGCUUCGCUGCUUUUGGCGACUCGUACAGCGCCGGCAUCGGCACCGGUUUCGAGGGCAAAGAGGACGACUGCCGACACGGCCUGCAUUCUCACGCCGCCCUGGUCGCCGCCGAUCUGUUAGCCGGUCAAGGGGGCCGGAACGCUACCACCUUCCAGUUUCUAUCCUGCACCGGUGCUACGACCCAGCAGAUCCUGUCCGGCAGCCAGGACAGCCAGAUAGAUGCCUUGAACGCUUCCUUGCCGAUAGACUUUGCGCUCCUGUCCAUCGGCGGAAAUGAUCUCGGCUUCUUCGAGGUCAUGAAUGCGUGCGUCUUCCGCUUCUACAACUUCUACUCGGGCACCUGCGAGUCUGCGCUCGAACACACCCGGGCCCAGAUCGAGAGCGACGAGUUCGAGAAUCGCCUGCUGAUCGUCAUUACCGAGAUCCUCGACAGGGUCCGUUGGGAGAAGAAGCCGUCCUUCUUCAUCACGGUUACCGGGUACGCCCGCUUCUUCAACGACGUGACUGACGAAUGCGACGACAUGAGUUUCGGCGUCUGGUGGAACGGCCCAAGGCUGAAGAAGGAUCUGCGGUCGAAUAUGAACGCCAUGGUGCUGACGGUUAACGCUAAAAUCCGAAGGACUGUCGAUCUUAUCAACUCCCAGUUUACCCAGAACAAGCUAGUGUUUGUCGACUACGACGAGGAGUUCGAGGGUCAUCGGUUCUGCGAGAAUAACGUCACCGAGCCGGACUACAACCGUAGUGACACCUGGUUUUUCCUCGUUGGGGGCCCGGAUAACGCGAGGAACGAAACACGGAAGGAUCACGUCCCAGAAUUCUCUGCUCUAGCCCCGUACUCGCCUCUCGUGGACCCAGUCUCGUGUCUCGAGCCCGCGCAGCGAUCCGGAGACUGGGGCGAGUUAGCCCUUUGCUACAUGGCCAUGUCGAAACGCCAGGACCCGACCCUACGGCUGGCUCGCGGGGAUUUCGUCGCAGAGAACUCGAUGUGGUACGUCCCUACGUACUACGGCAAGACGUUCCACCCCCGGUCUCUCGGCCAGGAGACUAUAAAGAAUCGGAUCUACGAGGUAUGGCGCACGCUGGAAUAAGUUAGCAUGCGUUUUUACCGUAAGGGC